GGAUAUAUCAGGACUAAAUUCACUUAGGGUUUGUUAGACUCCAUUCAGCGUCCAAUUUAAGACAAGAAACUCACUAGCCGGCUACAGAAAGAUCCUACUACUCUCCGAUGCCACUCCAUGUCCAAAGAUUUAAAGGAACAUCUAAAAAAGGAAUACUGUACAAAAGGAAUAGUAAAAUUGAAAGUAGUAUUUGAUAAAGGAAACACCCACCGAACAUCCCUGGAGGAACCCAGGGAAGCUGAAGUUAUGGGGAAAAAGUCAGAGAGCCCAGAAAAAGACAAUUCAGAGGAGGAUACUUUAAAUAUAAAGGACUUUAAACACAGAGUUGCCGAGGUAAGGGAAGUAAUCUAUGAGAAUCAGAGAAGAGGACUUUUCGGCGGCUUCUCUGCUUCUUCGCUACUCCCGCUGGUUGACAAGAGAGGGCAGUGGUCGUGGAAAGACGGCACUCCCUGCGAGGGGGGCCUCGACAAUCUUCGACUUACUCCAGGCUGGGAAUGGAUCGACAACUGGAAGUACACGGUUUCCGCAAAAUAUGACAGGGACGGUUGGCAGUACGCUUUUAGUUUUUGGGACUCGAAUUGGAGUAGUGAGCCACAACCGCAAACAUUUGUUCGAAAAAGAAAGUGGACCAGAAACAGACGGAUGAUUGUCGAUCCGAAGCGGGCAGAAGAGUCCAUCAAAAAGGCCCAGCAGGACCAGGACUUGUCCGAGUCUGUGCGACACUCUCUCCCUACUAUUAUAGAAUCGAAGCUAACUUUGGCAAACAAUUACACCCUUACUAUAGCAGUCACCCUUUUGCUACUUGUUACAUCCAUCGUUUUACAAAUUUAUAUUAUACACCGCAUUUAA